GCUGGCGGGCACUUCUCCUCGGCUCAUUCUCUCUAGUAUUCGACUAACUUAGUAAUUAUAUUAUAAAAAUAGAAAAGUUUCCCCAAACACACAUUGUGUAUAUAAUUUCCGACACGGCGUGUGUCGGAUUUAUUUGGUAGAUUGUGACAUUUACUACUCGCAGAUAGCCGCCUACAAAAAUGACAUCGAAAUCUGAAGGUGGCGGCAAGCACAUUGAGCAGCAUGAACAGGAGCCCAUAGACGUGCGCAUCGACAUGCCGUGGGGCUACGUGGUGGGCAGGUGGUAUGGAAACCGACAGGUACGACCCAUCCUGGCGCUUCAUGGAUGGCUGGACAACCUAGGCACGUGGGACAAAUUGCUUCCACUAUUGCCGAAGCACCUGGGAGUGCUGUGCAUCGACCUGCCUGGCCACGGAUACUCCUCGAAGCUGCCCGAGGGGAUCGCCUACCAUUUUGUGGACUACCUGUGCGUGAUCCUGCGCGUCAUGGAGGAGUACGGAUGGCAGAAGGUGUCCCUGAUGGCCCACUCGAUGAGCGCCAUGCUCUGCUUCAUAUUCGCCUCGCUAUAUCCUCAUCGGACCGACCUGCUGGUCAGCAUAGAUAUAGUUAAGACCCGCUAUCGGAAGCCUGCAUCUCAGAUUGACUACCUGCGAACAAAUAUCGAGGGCUAUAUGGUGGAGGACGAGCGGUUCGCGAAUGCCAAACGCCAAGAGCCACCGGCUUAUACCUACUCAGAGCUGGAGCAGGUCCUUUACAAGGGCUCCGAUUACUCGGUGGAGCUGGAAAACUGCCGCCACAUCCUGGAGCGCAACAUCAGCAGGUCCACUAAAUUUCCGGCCAAAUACUUCUUCUCGCGCGACGGGCGCUGCAAAUACUACACAGAGUUCCAUACGAGUCCGCCCUUUGCCGCUGAAUUGGCCAGGACCAUUCGGAAUGUGCCCUACUGCGUGAUCAAGGGCUCAGAGUCCAACUUUAUAGACGAGCAGAGCGACGAGGUCAUCGGCAUCCUCAGGGAGAAUAACCCGCACUUUGAACUCCACGAGGUUCAGGGUACUCAUCACGUUCACCUCAACAAUGCUGACGGAGUGGCUGCCAUCAUCAAUCCCUUCAUCCUGCGCCAUCGACCGCCGCAUCUGGAAAACUGGACGGUGGACGAGGCGGAUGAGGCACUGCCCGAGAUGGUCAAGGAAUUCAAGUUGGCGGUGGAGGACUCAGAGAAUGUCAAGCGGAGAAAGAGAAAAAGUAACCUCUAGCUGCUGCCAGCAUCUCUGAGAAUCAGUCAGCAGCGCGACGCGAGAAUUUCCAAUGCGAAAGUUAGAUAUUGAUUUCAUAAUGCCCAUGUGAUGCUUCAUCAAAGCCUAAAUGUUUUUUAUGCACAUAGUUUAGACAAUUUUAUAUGAUUUUAUAGGGGUUUUUUAAGGUGGAUAAACUAAAGAUUACUAUUUUUUAAAGAUUAUAUAAAAAUUAAACAUUUAACGAGUUUGUAAAUCAAUCUCUGAAAACUAAACUAGCAGAUUUGAUUAGCAAAUUAGAAAACAAUAAAAAGAAAAAGUUAAUUAA